UUUUUGCUCUACGAAGCAAGGCUUUCCGAGAACGAAAAUUUUUUUUUCAUUUUUUUCUUUUAACGAAAUUUUAUUUUAAACUCUGCAGUUUCUUCCUCUCUGCUGGCAAUAACACUGACCUGCCUUACAAUAUUUUUAAUUAUUCCGCAUGGUUACAAUUUUUAUGUUAAAUAAAAUUUUUUGGUAAGCGAGGUUUACGAAAAUUGUCCUCAGUCAGCUGCCCCGUUUUUUCCAUUUUUUAUUCUAUUGAUUUUCGCUUUUAUUGUCUCCCAUUCCUGCCCAAAUUUGUUAAAAUUACCUUUUAAAUAAGUAAAAAAAUAAUUAAAAUAUUCUAUGUUUAUUAUAAGUACUAUUUUUAUUCAAAAAAAAUUUUUUUUACAAUCUUCUUUUGUUCCUUUCCAAAUUUCUCUCUUUAACGUAUUGUGUUUUGAGCAUUUUGUGGCUCCAGCCAGCUCCGACCUUUUUCGAAUCUUAACUCUGACUAAACGAGUCGUCCUGAGUUCCUCACAAAUCUGCAAAAUCUUCACCAAUUUAAGCUAACUAAUAAAUUAAUUUCCGUUUUUCAAAAAUAAGCGAAAUAAGCCGGAAACGGAAACAACAACAUCCUUGUUGUAUUUGUAACGUAUUUUCGCAAAUAAUUUUUUGUUUGUUUCCGGUAGAGUAUCUAGACAUUUAGGGACACUA